UUCUUUCUUUCUUUUAAGAAAUUUGAUAUACAAAGAGACGUAUCAUUUAACAGCGAAAUAAAUUCUAUCUACGAAUCGUAAGAUAUUUCGAUACGUUUGACAACAAUCUUCGUCGUGCUUCGUACCUACGGUUUGAGGUUAACUUCCGAGUGAUAACUGCGAGAAUCAAGGUAGAAGUGUUUUCAUUUUUCUUUCAUUCUUUUAUUUUUCUAAGUUGGUAAAUAGUCGAAAGAAUAGAGUGUGGUAUAUAGAUUAAGUGUAAGGAAAGUGUUGUUAAUUGUGUAUAUGUGUGUGUGUGUGUGUGUGCGUGCGCGCGUACGUGCGUGUACAUUCGUAUAUAUUUCGACGUGAAAAAAAUAUUACAAUUAUUGCUUCUACGGUAGUGAAAUAGUGUCGAGGUGAAGGACAUCGCGAAAAGAGAACGAAGGUCUUUCGUUCGAACGAUUGACGACCUAUCGCGAUGUGGCAAAAAUUACUGAAGAAGAUGCGGCCUUGCUGCUGGAGUUGAGACCGCCUCGCAGACUACGAAAAUUCGAGGGUCCACGUCCGAAAGCGAUAACCAGAAAGUAAGGACCUACAAAAAAAAAAAAAAAAAUUCGGCGUGUCUCAUCUAUCUUCUUCCUAAUUGUUUCAUCGUUGAAACGAAACUUUCGAAAAAAGCGUGAGAGCAUAUAAGUUAAUGAGAACUUAACAAAAAGAAAAUAAGGGAAAAGCAAAACAACUUCGAAAAAAAAAAAAACAACGACAACAAAUAAAACAGAACUCUCAUCCCCACGAAAGUAGAAGCGCGCGAAAAAAAAAGGAAGGGUUGUAUUUUUGAGAGCCGAGAGUUGUAUAUGUGUGUAUAUAUGUAUAUAUAUAUAUAUAGAUGUAUAUAUAAAUACAUAAUAUACGUACAUAUACGCAUAGUCACGGAUAUAUUAGAAAUAUUUAAAAGUGACGAGAGACGAGCAUUUAUAAAAAAGAAAUCUCUAGCUUCUUUCCUUGUGUUUUUCUAUAUAAAAAAGUGCAGAGACAACUAGACUGAUUUUAAAAACACACUGAAGGAACACUUACGUAAGUGUAAAAUAUAUAUAUAUAUAUAAAUAUAUAUAUAUAUAUAUAUACACAUAUACAGAAAGUUAAAGGGAGGGGGUGAGAGAAAAAAAGGGUGCAAAUAAGAUAAAGACCACCCCUCAGUAGUAAAAAAAAAUAUAUACAUAUAUAAUAAUUAAAUUAUAUUAAAUUAAAUCGAAUCAAAAUCAAGGACGAAACAAAACAGAUACGUAUACACAGAAACGAAAAGGAGAAAAAAAUAAUAAUAAAAAAAAAAAAGAUGGCUCUGAUGAUUUCUUGGUCCGUUUCGAUGAAUCGUCUGAUCAAUGCUGCACUCACGUUCCUCAUCGUUCUUCGAUAUUGUGCUAUCGCCGCCGACGAUAAGAGCAAUACUAAGCCUCCUCCGUGCCCCAGCAAUAUUUACUGCCAUGGCGAGCUGUUGCACAGAGUACAAAUGUCGUCGAUAUACUCGGACUCGAAGACUUUCGUCGACAUGAAGAUGAAGCAUUCACCGGAAAAAACGCUGGCGUUAUUCCAUGAAUUCAUGAAUCGUACCGACGAAGCACCAACUAAACAUGAAAUAGAAAAUUUCGUUAACGAUACAUUCGAUCCCGCUGGAUCGGAAUUCGAAGAUUGGAAUCCAACCGAUUGGACAGCUAAUCCGAGAUAUCUUAAAAAGAUAAAUGAUCCGGAAUUAAGGAAAUUUGGUUACGAUCUCAAUCAAAUCUGGAAGAUGUUAGGUAGAAAAAUGAAGGAUGACGUUAGAUUGAAUCAGGAUCGUUAUUCGAUCAUAUAUGUACCUAAUCCGGUGAUCGUACCAGGCGGCAGGUUCCGCGAAUUUUAUUAUUGGGAUUCAUAUUGGAUCAUAAAGGGACUUUUAUUAUCAGAUAUGUAUGAAACAGCGAAGGGUAUGUUGACCAAUUUUGCGAUGAUCGUUGAUAAAAUUGGUUUCAUUCCUAAUGGCGGAAGAAUAUAUUACACCAUGAGAUCUCAUCCGCCUCUUCUUAUACCAAUGGUCGAUGAGUAUCUUCAAGUAACCAAGGAUUAUGAAUGGCUCGAUACAAAUUUCUGGUUACUCGAAAAGGAAUUUAAUUUCUGGCUGACCAAUCGUACUGUUGAAAUUGAGAAAGAUGGUGUCAAGUAUACUCUUGCUAGAUACUAUGAGGAAUCGUCUGGACCAAGACCGGAAUCCUACAGGGAGGAUAUUCAAACCAGUCAAAGUUUUCGUACAUCCGAGGAAAAGGAGAAUUAUUACACGGAGUUGAAAACAGCUGCUGAAACUGGCUGGGAUUUCUCUAGUCGUUGGUUCAUACUCGAUGGAACCAAUAAAGGUAAUUUGACCAAUCUGAAGACGAGAAGUAUAAUACCAGUUGAUUUAAAUUCGAUAUUAUAUCGAAACGCAGUACUAUUGGGUCAGUAUAGUCAAAGAUUAGGUAAUGCUUCUAAAGCGGCAUAUUAUUUGAACAUUGCCGAGGAAUGGAAGAGAGCUGUGACCGCUGUAUUAUGGCACGACGAAGUUGGUUCUUGGUUGGAUUACGACAUAAUGAAUGAAAUAAAGAGGGAUUACUUUUAUCCUACAAACAUCUUGCCACUUUGGACAUUUUGUUACGACAUCAGUAAAAAAGAACAGUAUGUAUCGAAGGUAUUAAAGUAUCUUGAAAAGAAUCAGAUAAUGUUAAAUGUUGGUGGAAUACCAACGACAUUGGAACACUCCGGUGAACAAUGGGAUUAUCCUAACGCCUGGCCCCCUCUUCAAUAUUUCGUUAUAAUGGCCUUGAAUAAUACUCAAGACGCAUGGGCCCAAAGGUUAGCCUAUGAGAUAAGUGAGAGAUGGGUUCGCAGUAAUUACAAAGCUUUCAACGAAACGCACAGCAUGUUUGAAAAGUACGACGCAACAGUUUUCGGUGGUUAUGGCGGUGGUGGAGAAUACGAGGUCCAACUUGGUUUUGGCUGGUCCAAUGGUCUCGUCAUGAUCCUCCUCGACAAAUAUGGUAGUACCUUGACCGCGGUAAACAAAUUCGCGACUGAUAAAGUUGAGCACAGUAGUGCGCAACCCCAAGUUGUUGUAUCGACUGCUGGUCAAGUGAUGACUGGUAUUCUUGCCCUCAUCAUCUCGUUAGCGGCAGGAUUUAUAGGAAUGGUAAUGUACAAACGUAGACAGUACAACGUACCAGGGCCGUCAACAUUGGGUAGCAGAAAAAAAUAUGGGCCUCCCGAUAAUAACGUUUAUCGGAAAAGAAUCGCUUAUACGGAAUUGAAAGAUAUGAAUAAUGAUUGACGAACCUGAUUGUUUAGAACUCGGCUGGCUUUAUCAUCAUUAGAAAAGAGUUAUUAGACAAAAAAAAGAUUGAUAUACGUCAUACAUAGUACGUCGUUUAAGGGGAAUUAAAAGAAAAUGCUCUUAUAUAGGUAUAAAAAAUAUAGUGAGAGAGAGAGAGAGAAAAUGUGAAGAAGAAGAAGAAGAAGAUGAAGAAAAAAAGUGGCCUCAGGGACGUGAUUCAAACAAAACUGUUGAGUGUGUUAGACAAAGAAAGAAAGAGAGAGAGAGAAAAAGAUUGGAAGAGCGGGAGUUAAACCUGGUUUAACAAAAUAAAAAAAAAAUGGAUGAGAUUAGACGACGUAAAAUAUAUCUAUAUAAAAAGAAGUUCAGGUGUGAUGGAUCUUCGAUACCGUCCAACGUGUCUUCCUAUAAUGACUAAUAAUAAUUGAAAAUUCAAUUUUAAAAUGGCCGCAGGCGGCUUUCGAAGACACGUCUAAAAAGGUCUCGGAGUCCUUCAUUCGUCGUCGUCGUCGUCAUCGAUCGUUAAAAUCCUUUGAUUCUUCUCCUAUUCAUUAUCCGCCAUUUUGACGGGACGCCUACAAUGAAGAAUCAAGAUGGAGAACAAGAUGGAGUAUGUAUCGAAUGAAAAUAUUUGAUGAAUGGGACGAGUUGGAAUAGACAAAAAAGUGAAAAAUUAAAGGGAAGGGGUAGGUAUAUACCUACGUGUGUAUAUGCGUGUAUGUCUGUGUAUAUCUGUGGAUGGUUGGAUGUAUAUGUGUGCGUGUAAGAUAAGAGAGAAAAGCGCGAAAUAAAGUUCGUGGACUACCUUGUUCCUAAGUAGAAUGUUUCCGUUUGAGAUGUCGUUGUUUGCAUCUUUCAUAAGAUGAAAGAGAUUCACAAACAACGAUGCCAAAGGACGAUUUUCGAAAUUGUGUGUCUACGACGUAUAUAGUGAUGUUUUUUGUUUUCGGAAUGUGUGUGUGUGUGUGUGUGUGUGAGAGAGAGAGAGAGUGGAGAAAGAGAGAGAGAGAGAGAGAGAACACUAAACCAAAGUCGACUAGUUCGCCGAGGUUUAAAUAAAAAAUGAAAUCUUUUUUUUAUAGGCCGGAGUUAAAAGAUUUUCAAGCUACGAGUAUUUCUUCUCAAUUUUCUCUGUGGGGUUUUUGGUUUCUUUUUUCUUUUUUUUCUCUCUUUUUUUUUGGUUUAAUAAGAAACUUCUGCACGCACUCACACACGCGUACAAACGGCAUUCUACGAAUUUAUAUCUAUUAUUUAUUAUUCACACGAAGACGUCAUCAUUUGUUGCUUGAUUUACUCUAAUUAUUACCAUUAUUUCUUUUUCCUUUUUUUUCGUGAUUAUCGUUAUUUGAGAAUAAUUUUCUGACCUCCAUUUUGUUCUAUUUUUUAUUUUUUUUAUUUAUUUAUUUAUUUUUUUCUUUUUUUAUCUUUUUCUUUGAUUCUUACGAACGACGAAUGACGAUAGUCGAUCGUAAAUAGGGGAUGGUUAAAAAAACUUUGAAUAAAAACGAAAUAUCUCCAGUGUUUAGUAGUAUGCGUGAAUGUAUGUGUGUGUUUGUGUGUGUAUGUGCCCGUACGUGACGACGUACGCACAUGCGUGUAUACGUAAAAAGAUAAAUAGGUGAGUGCGUUUGUACUUUUAUUGACGUCAUUUCACAUAAGCUCGUCCAUCCCAAGAAACACUCUGGUUUUAAUAUUAUUAUUAGUACUAGCAUUAUUACUAUUAUUAUUAUUAUUAUAUAUAAUUAUUACUAUUAUGUUAUUAUUAUAUUAUUUAGCACAUAUAUCUCGUCGUGUCAAAAUGUCGUACAAAACACGAACAAUAAUCACAUUCGUCCAAUAUGGCGGUAGCAGGAUUUGUUCUUUAAUUUUUUGUUAAAGACAUGCGAUAUAUACGAGCGCAGGAUAGAUAAAAAUAUACAUAUUAUACGUUUUUAAUCGAAAGAAAAAUGUCGUGUAAAAGAGAUUCGUUGUUAGCUUUUUGUUUUGAUUUCUACAUAAAAAUUGUGUAUCUCGGUGAUAAUAAUUCGUAGACAGUGAUGGAAAUAGUAUUUCGACGAUUUUAUUAAGUUUUCUACUAGUAUGUAAAUACACGAAAUUAUUUACCCUUCUUUCUUUAUUUUAUAUCUUAUUUUAUUUUAUUUCAAUGGGAAAAACAGUUUGAUUGAUAGAAUUAAUAACUUAAAGAAGGAGUUUUUAGCUUCGAUAAUUCGUACUGUAAUAAAAUAAAA